AUGAACUCAUUCGAGCUUCCUCGCUUCAUGAGGGCACUAGAAUAUUCCAAGGCACAAAAAUUCAGCAUUGUCAAAAAGACUCUGCCACAGAUACGAGACCAUGAUAUUCUGAUCAAAGUCAAGGCAUGUGGAGUAUGUGGCACCGACCUCCAUAUCCACGACGGUGAAUUCGGAGCUCAAUUCCCUCUUGUCCCCGGUCACGAAACAGUAGGCAUAGUGGCAGCAUUUGGCAACAAAGUUCAUGGUUUCAAAGUAGGAGAUCGCGUCGUAGCCGACAACUCUGAAUUAUGCGGUACAUGCCACUACUGCCGUGUCGGCAACGGCAAAGAACUUUUUUGCGAGAAUUUUGUCGCACAUGGAGUGAUGGUUGAUGGGGGUUUCGCCGAAUACGCUGUUUAUCCCGGGCAUCGCGUAUUCAAAUUCAACAAUUUGUCGGACGCCAAUGCAACGCUGAUCGAGCCCGCUGCCUGUGCUGCCCAUGGUAUCGAUAGUAUCGCUCCGCAUAUGAACUCCCGUGUUCUUCUUUUCGGUGCCGGCCCGACAGGAUUGAUGCUAGCGCAGCUUCUCCGCCAGAAUGGUGCAAAUCAUCUUGUUAUCGCUGCGCCUGGCGGGUUGAAAAUGGAGCUUGCGAAGUCGCUGAAUGCUGCUGAUGAGUAUGUGGAACUUCCUCGUGGGGACGCUGCGAAUGCGACGUUGGAAAAGCAGGAGGCCGAGAGUCCGUACGGAUAUGACAUUGUUGUCGAAGCGACGGGGAGUGCUAGGAUCCUGGAGAACGCGAUUAGAUUCGUGACGAAAGGCGGAAAGUUGGUGGUGUACGGCGUGUACAACGACGAUGCCCAUAUUUCUCUGUCGCCAAACAAAAUAUUUAAAGAAGAAAUCAAGGUGAUUGGAUCAUUUUCGCAGAUCUAUAAAUUCCCCGCCGCGAUUGAUUAUCUAGAUGGGAAGAAGAUCAACGUUCAUGGAAUCGUCAACAAGACCUACAGAUUGGAGGAAUGGGAAGACUGUCUGCAGGCAUUGAGAAACAAAUCAGUGAUCAAAGCUGCAAUUGUAUUCGAUUGA